CCAGGAUUUGCCCACCCUACCUGUGGGCACAUAAAUGGUUUGUGUGGCGGAAGACACAAUUUCACCCCUUCCUCUAGGGUGAUUUGUUGGUACUGGAUCAUCUUUCUUUGCCUUUAUGGGGAAAAGAAAUGUUCUGACCCUUCUCCGAGGUAGGUCUCACCAUUACCAGUAGCCGCAGCACCGCUUCGUUCUUCUUCCCUCAAGGUUUGGUUGUUGUCGGCAGUAUCUUGGCAGACAUUUUGCACCCUUGUCAGGCUGAGUUGCCAUGCCAUUCCGGGGCAUUGUGUGAUGUUUGCAGCACAAACAGAAACCAUGCAGAAUUGUCCCAGAACAUUCUGCAGAUGGCUUUCUUUUUUCCAGGCUGUGUAUUGGGGCAUAAGAAAACGGAAAAGCUCGGAAAAGUAUCUGCUGGGAGAGACUGAUUCCAGAGUUAGAGCUGAAGCAGCACCACAGAUUGCGACUGCGUGAGGUUUUGGAUUUUACCAACUCUGAGCCACCUCUUCAUGGUCUUCCUCCAGGUGUGUGUGGAAGGCUGUUCCGCAGCUCCACGGGGUUGAUCAACAUGACUGGCACUGGAGCCAGCGACUGCACCGUUGCCAUCGGCCGGCCCCUAGGAGAGGUCCUGACCGUGUGGGUGACGGAGAGCUUCCUGAAUUGCAGCGCAGGCGAGAUGGUGCUGUUCUCCACGCGGACAAUGUGGCGGAUGGGCUGCAAAAGGCUGACCGUGUCGACCAUACAAACCCGGACCAACACCCUGAUGAUCAGGCAGCGCCUCCAGCUGCCGGGGAGCGGAGUGGUCCUCCAGUACAGCAGCGGAAACGCGCCACGGAGAUAUCACCAUGACUGUGAUGUGCAGUUGUUUGGUCCCCGUGGAGAAAUCGUGGAUCCUGCGCCUUCUGGCGGUGGGGAGCUGCAAGCUGCUUGCAGGACGUUUAUUGACGUGGCCCCACGGCUCCGAAUAGCCAUCCACGCUGUAUCCGUGGCCCCGAGUGCGGACGUCCCCAGCCAAAUGCACCACUCCGGUUAUAUCUUGAUUCGUGAUGUCAAUGCCAUGAAGACGGUGGUUUUCCGUGGAAAUCAGCUGUUCUACUGGGAAUCAACUGGGAGCCAGGCCGAAAUUGAAUUCAGCAAAGAUUUUGCCAACGGUAGUUUCCGAGCAGAGUACUGGGUCGUCCUGCCGAAGUAAACAGCACCACAGAGAUGUCAGAAUUGCCGAUGGGCUGACCAGCUGCAAAAAGAGGGCCUGGCAACCUGCAUUUCUUCUGGCCGGGAGAAUGCCGGGAGCUGCAGUCCAAUAGAUACGGAGGGUGCCAGACUGGAGAAGGCUUUUGUAUUCUCCAGGGUUAUAUAGCCGGGGGAUUUUGCAAUGCACCGCUUGCCCUGCAAGUUGGAAAAGAGCAGAGGGGCAAAUCUGGCAGCAAAAUUCUGCUAUGGGUUGGAGCCCAACGUAUUAUUAGCUUGAAAAUAAACCAUUUC